AUGACGACCGCCUCAUCCACAACCAGCACCAGCGCCGGCAGCACGACCAGCAGCGCGACAUCGCACACUCCGGGCUUCCCUGGUGGUAUUCCCGACCUCUUUGGGGACCACUCGACCACUAGCAGCUCUUCCACCAGCAGCUCGUCGUCGAGCAGUUCGGCGUCCAGCAGCAGCUCAUCCGAGAGCAGCUCCUCGGUCUCGGGCAGUGUGACGACCAUCGUUACGAGAAAGACAAUCAUCGUUACGCCUACGCCUGAGGGUGCUAGCAGCAGCUCGCCUACUCCCUUCAGGCCUCACAGAAGCCGCACCCGCAGGCCCCCUUCCGGGACGGCACCCUCAGGAACCUCCAGCCAGGCUUCCUCUACUUCUGCUCAGUCGUCGUCCUCUGACUCGUCUUCUGCUUCGACUUCCGCCCCUGCUGGUACCUCGUCUUCCCAGGCUUCUUCCCAGACCACCUCUGCUCCUGCCGGAACCAGCUCUUCUGAUUCGUCCUCGUCCUCCUCGACCAGCUCUGGUCUGGAUCUCGGCCUGAGUCUCAGCCUUCCCCUUGGAGGCAAGUCGACUACUUCCACGACUUCUUCUGCCGCUAGCUCUGCCGAGACGACACCUCCUCAGACGACCUCUUCUGACAGCGACUCUCAGUCCUCUUCCUCUUCCCGGGCCACUUCCAGCAAGGCCACCGAGACUGGAAUUGUGAUUGACCCCACUGGCGUCCGCUUCCCCUCGACUACCGCUCCGGCUCAAACUGAGUCUUCCAGUGCUGCCUCCACCAGCAGUGCUCCUGACAGCACCAGCGCCCCAGGCAACUCCACCAUUGAAGAUGUCAGCUCUACCUCCACCUCUGCGAAGCCGUCUUCGACUGGUGGUCUUUUGGACCCCAUCAAGUCCAUCUUGGAUCCAACAAAGUCCUCCACUACCACCUCUCCCCCCGAGACAACCGGACCAGCUUACGAGACUUCUUCUGGCCUGCCGGUCCAGUCGUCGCUCCCUGGUACUGGAUCUUCGACGUCUUCCAGCGGUCUCCCUAGCAUUUCUCUUCCCUUGACGCUGCCACCCGUGAUUCCUACCGAGACCUCAUCGUCUGCUCCCGCCAGCUCGACCUCAGAUGGAGCCAACACUACUUCUUCCGGAGCGUCCAUUCGACCCACUGCCACGUUGACCAACACCGCCGACUGGCUGCCCACGACUAUUGUCAUUGAGCCUACCACAAUGGUGUUCACCCCGGCCACUACUGAGACUGCUUCCGCUUCGACGGCCCUGCCCACUGAUGUUCCUAAGAUCAUCUACCCCGAUGAUCCCAACACCCCCGCUGCUGAAGGCACAGUCCCGAUCCAGGUUGGAUUCCUGUAUCCCCUCAACUACAUGUUCGUUGCCAGCAACACUGUUGCCGCCGCUCAGAUCUUCAAGUAUCUGCCCCAGGCUCUCGCCAAUGCUGCGGGCAUCGACGUGGGCAAGGUUCAGGUCGCCAAGCUUGUUCCCUACGACACCCGAUCUCAGUGGGGUUAUAUCACCACCCUUGCCAAGAUCAACUACCCCCAGAACCUGAUUGACAAGCUUCAGUUGGAUAUGUCGGUUGCCAACUCUCUCAUCUACAAUAACCCCGAUCCCAUUGUCCGCAACCUGACUGCCCUGAUCAACCCCAAGAUUAACAUCUUUGGCCAAGUUACCGGCGGUGGUUCUACCGACGGUGGUAGCGGCAGCGGCAGCGGCAGUGGCAGCGGCGGAAACUCUCCUGCCGCUGGCCCUGGCAACAACGACGCCUUUGGCACCAGCAGCACGGACAGUCAGACUUCCAAGCAAAAGGCCACCACCGCCGGUAUCGCUGUCGGUGCCGUCGGUCUUGGUGCCCUGUACGGUGGUGCCAUGUUCAUUAUUGCUCGACGCUACAAGCGCAAGAAGCAGGCUCACCGCCGCAGCAGCUCCCUUGACGGCAGCCAGCGUUCCUCUGGCAUGCAGUAUGCUGGCAACGGAAGCCCUGCUCUCAUGGGUGGUGCUCUGAUGAGCCGUGACAUGUCCAGCUACGGUGGAACCGGAAUUCGCAACAGCCACAACAGCGGAACGAGCUCUGCUCGAACUGCCAACAUCUCCGCUCCCGUUGCUGCUGAGAACUCCCUUGGCUGGAACUGA